AUGUCAAGUGUAGGUGGUACUGGAGCUCCUCGUCAACGUCAAGAAAGUGAUCUUGAACAUAGAUUGAGGUCAGUAGAUGUUGAUUUGGCCAGGAGUAAAAGUAUGAAGCAGCCAAAAAUUAAAGGAGGAAUGAUGAAAACAUUGAGAAAAAAAUUAGGGGAAGCAAUGUCUAAGUUGAUAAUAUAUGAGCGUCUUCCUAUGAACCUCUCCAAUUCUCCAUGGCUGCACAAUUUGUUGACGGCGACAGCUGACUUAGGUCCAGGUAUUAUAUACCCUACUCCUUAUGAGAUUUCAGAGGUGUAUUUAGAAAAUGAAUAUAAAUUCAUGAAAUCAUGGAUAAAUGAAUUGAAACCAACAUGGAAGGAAAGAGGGGUAAUUAUCAUGUGUGAUGGCUGGACAAAUGGUAUAAAUCACAUGGAUAUCAUGAACUUUUUAGUGUAUUGUAGCAAGGGCAUUGUGUUCUUAAAGUCUGUUGAUGCCUCUAGAGUUGCUAGUAGAAACACUGAAUAUUACGUUAGUCUACUUGACAAAGUUGUGGACGAGGUAAGGGAAGAAAAUGUUGUUCAAGUGGUCACUGAUAAUGAGAAAGAGUUAAAAGCCGCUGGUUAUUUUCUCAAUCCCCAAUUUCAAUUUGGCAUUGUGCAUGGAAGUGAUGUAGCUAAGGAAACCAUGGAUGGAACAACAAAAUUGUUACUUUUUUGGGAUAAGCAAGAGGCAUUUGGAACGUUACAAGCUCAAAGAGCUUGGUGUCAAAUGAAUCCUGGUAAAAGUUUAGAUCCUCUGAAUGGUGGAUGGUAUAUGGAUCUUGUGCUCAUGAGCUUCAAACUAUAG